AAACUUAGUAUUGUUGUAGAUGCAGGAAGUUCUGGAUCAAGAAUUCAAAUAUAUUCUUGGCAAGAACAUAACAUUGUUAGGCAGGAUAAAAAUGAGAAAGAUCUUCAUGUAUUACCUAUGGCUCAGCAUGCUGAUGAGCAUGGAUUAAAUUGGUAA